AUGCGUUUACUAUCCCUCCCAAGCCAUGCCCUUGUGGCUCUUCUUACUCUCAGCUCCGCCUCGGCACGAGUCUUGUCAAAGCGCGAUAGCCCUGUCCUAGCUGGACUCUGGGCUGACCCUAACAUCGCCGUGGUCAAUAACACAUACUAUCUCUUUGUCACCACUGACGGUUUCGAAGGCUGGGGCGGCAAUGAGUUCUACUGGUGGAAGUCUCCCGACUUAGUAUCCUGGACAAAGAGCGAAAAGCCAUUUCUUGUCCUCGACGGCGAGAACGGAAAUGUUCCUUGGGCUACCGGCAAUGCUUGGGCGCCUGGCUUUGCUGAGCGCGAUGGCAAGUUUUACUUUUACCACAGUGGGAACAACCCGUCUGUCAAGGAAGGCCAAAAGAGCAUCGGUGUUGCUGUGGCUGAUCAUCCAGAGGGACCCUGGACGGCUCAGUCAAAGCCCAUGAUCAAGGGAACUUCAGAUGAACCCAUUGUCAGCAACCAGGCCAUCGACCCAGCAGCCUUCCAAGAUCCCGAAAGUGGAAAGUGGUACUUGUACUGGGGCAACGGCGUGCCCGUCGUCGCAGAGCUCAACGACGAUAUGGUAUCUCUCAAGUCCGGAACAUGGAGUCGCAUCUCCGGGCUCGAGGACUUCCGCGAAGGUCUGUUUGUCAAUUACCGUGAUGGGACAUACCACAUGACCUAUUCCAUCGACGACACAGGUUCUGAAAACUACCGUGUUGGCUACGCGACAGCUGACAACCCCAUUGGGCCUUGGACGUACCGAGGUGUCAUUCUGAAGAAGGAUGAAUCGAAGGGUAUUUUGGGUACGGGUCAUAACUCGGUUUUGAACAUUCCAGGUACGGAUGAGUGGUACAUUGCGUACCAUAGAUUUCGCAUUCCUGACGGUGGCGGUUUUAGACGCGAGACUACGAUUGAUGUGUUGCCAAUUGAUGAGGAUACUGGUCUAUUUGCGGAGGUUACGCCCACUUUGGAAAGUGUUGAUCCUAGGCCCUUGCCAUAG